GGAGUCUUCAGCUUCAGGUCUAGCUAAGGCCUAAGGCGUGUCCCUUGCUGCUCGCGCUCAGUCUCAGGAUGUACUUACCAUCAAGGAUCUACUGCUCUCCUCAGAUGCUUGUACCUCCUUUCUGAUCACUAGUGCUCCCCAUCUGAUGUUUACCAUCGAGUCCCGUCUUCUACGGGUAGGAGAUGGAACGUGCAUCGAUCUCCGCAUAUUCCUAGCAACGGCGCAGAUAUCCGAGGUGCUACUGUAACGAAUUCCUUCCCUCCGAGUUGAUGAACUUGAUGAAGCCAUCGUACACACGGACUGGUAAUAGGAUCCCCAUCGCCAGUCUUUUUGCAAUGUGCCUUUGUUCUACUUGUGUCGAGCGUCUAACCGAAGUCGUUCUGGAAUUCAUGGUCCCCUCUUUUGUCACUCUGGUCCCUGGGCUUCUGCGUAAGACGCGUCCUCUGCCAUUUGCCAGGUACCGCCGCCAAAGGAAUCACCAUGAUUUCGACUGCGGUCAAUAAUUAUUAAACGCCCGGCGCGCUUCAAUUGUCAAAAUCCAUGCUCUUCACGACGUCCUACAGCCGCAUCAAACUCUACUCCUAUACCGUACAUGCAACCCGUAUCCGGACCAUCCAGCGCUUCGGCGAGCUAUCUAUAAAACCUGCCCCCAACGCCAGAACCUCUCCAGCUCUUCGAUCGUUUCUCCGCCCACCACCGCAAAUCCACCCAGGCUAAUUUGCCCCCCACCGUCUUUUCAACAUCCUCAACCCUAGUCAAUCC